UCCGCCUACCCGGUCCCUGGCUCCAGCGCCCGGGAACUGCACCAGCUGCCCGGGCUCCGCCCCGAGGACCCUCGCGGCCCGCCGAGCGCCGGCUCCUCCCCCGAAGCCUGCCCGCGGGACUGGUGCAGUCGCUUCGCCUCAGGCCCGUGCCCUGGCCCAAGCCAGCCCGCCAUGGAGGGGGAUGCCCCCGCCGCUGCAGCCGCCCGCUACCAGCCGGCCAGCCCCCCGCGGGACGCGUGUGUCUACAACAGCUGCUACUGUGAAGAAAAUAUUUGGAAGCUCUGUGAAUACAUCAAAAACCAUGAUCAGUAUCCUUUAGAAGAGUGUUAUGCUGUCUUCAUAUCUAAUGAGAGGAAGAUGAUACCUAUCUGGAAACAACAGGCAAGACCUGGAGAUGGACCUGUGAUCUGGGAUUACCAUGUUGUCCUGCUUCAUGUUUCAAGUGGAGGACAGAGCUUCAUUUAUGAUCUUGACACUGUGCUGCCAUUUCCCUGUCCAUUUGACACUUACGUGGAAGAUGCCUUUAAGUCUGACGAGGACAUCCAUCCACAGUUUAGAAGGAAAUUUAGAGUGAUCCGUGCAGAUUCGUAUUUGAAGAACUUUGCUUCUGACCGAUCUCACAUGAAAGAUUCCAGUGGGAACUGGAGAGAACCUCCUCCAUCAUAUCCCUGCAUUGAAACUGGAGGGCAGGGGAUCAGCCCGGAUCAUUCGUUCUCCCUCUGUGUUCGAUGCAGAGUUGGAUGCUGCAGGCCAUAAAGUGUCCCGCAGACGAGCAAGUUAAGAAGAAGCAUCUGGCAUUUAUGGAACGCUUUCUGUGUGCCACACACCGAGCGAAGCACCUCACAGAACCAUCCCAUUUACUCCUCUUGAUGACGCUAAGAUUCGGUAACAACUGGUCCCCCCAUUUCACCCGUGAAGAAACGGAAGCACAGAGAUGUUAAGGAACCUCACAAGAGUAGCAGAACUGGCAUUUGAACCCAAAUCAGUAUGAUUCUAGAACCUGUGUUCUUUGUUGGUGACCCACAGCAUUGUGGGGCUGUUGUGAAGAUUAAUGGGAUGAUGCGUGUAACAGACUUAUCACAGUUCCUGGCCUAUAACAAGGAUCACAGUGAAUUCCUGCUGUUAUUUGCAUGUAUAAGUAUCCUAGUGCUGUUCUUCAGUAUUAAGUAGGUGAUGCUACUCAUCUCUGCCAUGUAAGACGCACAGUGCUUAGUGUUCCUAAGUAGCUAGUGAGUCGAAAUGAAUAGUGGUGGUGAGGAUUUCUACUCAGUGCAUGUAGUACAUAUUGGUGCUCUAGUGGGACUGGAGGUACAGUGAUCGGACAGCGGAUCAGGGUAGAGGGUUGGUAAACAAGUGAAGGGAACUGGCCCACCCUGCAGUAAAGUCUACAGUCAUGGCCUGAUUACACAGCCUCCUAGAGUCUAAGAAAUGGCCGUAUGCACAUAUAACAAAUAUUACACUAAGGGCCUGCUUUGUCAGACUCCGUAGGGAGACAAUAUUAGACUAGACAUAAGCCUUGUGCUCGUGGAAUUUGCAAUCUAGUAGGAAAUACUUUAAAACCCAAAGAAUGUAAUGGAAUAAUUACAAAUUGUAAUAAAGUGCCCCCAAGGAAAUAAUCAGAGGGCUGAAAUAUAGAAUAAUGGGAUUGGGACAGGAAAGGGGAGGUCAGAUCCUACUUUGCUUGGGGUAGGAAAGGAGGGCUUCCUUGAGUAGGUGGCAUUUAAGACCUGAUGAUAAGAAGAGCCUAGCAAGGGGAACAAUACAGACAAAGGCUUUGAGGUGGGAAAGAGCUUGACAAGUUGGAGGGGCUCAAAGAGGAGGGGUAUGGCUGGAGCAUAACAAGGAAGGGGGGAUGAGGUGGGACCAGAAGGAUAGGCAGGGGCAGACCAUGGAGGGUCUUAUCUGCUCUUCGUAAGAAACUGGGUUUUAUUUGAAGUGUAAUGGAAACCCACCAAAGGGUCCUAAAUAGAUGAGUGAUGUGAUCUGAUUUGCUGCUAUGGACUAGACAGGAUAAAAAUUCUGUUGAGGUGGUCUGGACCAAAGACCGUGGUGGCUGGGACCAAGCAGUCCUUACAAGAGGGAGGCCGGAUGGUCAGAGACCAUUGGAUGAUGGGAGCUGUGUGGGGCCAAGAUCCAAGGAAUGUGGGUAGCCCCUAGACACUGGAAAAGGCAAAGAAAUGGAUUCUCUCCAAGGCCUCUGGAAGGAACGCAGCCCUGCCAACCCAUUUUAAACUCCUGACUUACAAAACUAUAAUAUAAUAAAUGUUUUGCUUUAAGCCACUAGAUCGGUGGUAGGUAGUUACAGCAGCAAUAGGAAAACUUUACAGCCCCUACGCCCUAAAGGAGUGAAGGGAGGGAGGGCGUGACCAGACCCAGGGAGAAAGCUACAGGAGAGGGUCCACUGACAGCCGCCAUGGCCUGGCAGGAAGGUGUCAGUGGGCAUAAGGGCUCUCCCUUCACCCUGUCUCACCACCCAGAACUCUCUCUUUCUUCCACUGGCCUCAUCGAACCAGAGCUACAGGCAGGGGACCCAUGAUGCAGUUCACAUGGGUCAUCCUCUCGGGCGACAAAGAGGAUGGAGAAGGGUGGAGAGCAGAUCUCGAGCAGCAAAUGGAAAAUAUCCAGGCCAGUGUCGGUUGAGCGGUUUGCCCCUUAUCUGGAACUUACGAUAAAGCAGGAAGUUUGGAGUGGUUCCCUCACUUACCUGUGCCUUCUCUUUUGUGAGUUCUCUCUAGCAGAGCGUUUGACCCAACUUCUUUGGGUUUUCCUCAUAUUUUUAUAGUUUCUAAUGUCUAAUUCACUCCUCAGUGUGAUGCAGCAAGUUCUCAAAGCAAAUGAUCUGUUAAAGUUAGUCUAUCAUUUACUGUAAAUAUAAGACCCCAAAACAGGCUGACAUCACAGUAUCAUGAAUGAAUUGACCUAAACUUUUUCGUAUUUUUCCCUAAAACAGGGGUCCCAAAACUUCUGUCCUUGGACUGACGACAUCAGCAUUCUCAGGGAUGUUUUAAGAUUUUAGAGAUCUGGGGAUUCUGUCCUUGGAGAUUCUCAUUCAGUAAGCCUGGCUGAGGACUGUGAAUCUGUUUUCUUUUUAAAAUGUGCCCCCACAGAGGUGCCUGGGUGGCGCAGUCAGUUAAGCACCCGACUUUGGUUUUGGCUCAGGUGCUGAUCUCAUGGGUUGUGGGAUCGAGCCCUGUGUUGGACUCCACGCUCAGCGGGUGUCUGCUCGGAUAUUCUCUCCCUCUGCCCCCCACCUCUCAAUAAGUAAAUAAAUCUUUAAAAAAAUGUGUCCCCAGAGAGUAUUGUGAAAAACAGGUGCCUGAGAUCUAGACUAUUUUUUAGAGCAAAAUGACUACAGACUUAGUUAUAUGUUGUGGUUCAGUCUGCUUCAGUGUUAGACCAGUAUCAAGAGAUGCCUUGAAGUGAUUGGAAAAAUUAUUAUAAAAACGACAAAAGCAACUCUUGCCAAACUUGCAUACAACCCAGAGUCAUUUAACAGUUGAAGAGUGAAAGUCCCCUUUCAUGGCUCUCUUCUGUGUCCAUCCAAAUCAGCCUACCCCCCGGCCCCCGCAAUGGAGAGGUAACCUUUGUUAAUAGUCUGGGGCAUCGGGCGCCUGGGUGGCUCAGUUGGUUAAGCGACUGCCUUCGGCUCAGGUCAUGAUCCUGGAGUCCCGGGAUCGAGUCCCGCAUCGGGCUCCCUGCUCGGCAGGGAGUCUGCUUCUCCCUCUGACCCUCCUCCCUCUCAUGCUCCCUGUCUCUCAUUCUCUCUGUCUCAAAUAAAGAAAUAAAAUCUUAAAAAAAAAAAAAAUAGUCUGGGGCAUCCUCACUGGUGUGUUACAUAUUUUAUUAUAUAUAUUUUCCUUUUUUUUUUUUAAAGUAGGCUCCAUGCCCAGCAUGGAGCCCAACAUGGGGCUUGAACUCAUGACCCUGAGAUUAAGACUCAGAUGCUCAACUGACUGAGCCACUAAGGUGCCCCUAUUAUGUAUAUUUUCAAACCUACUGCUGUAGAUUGAAUUGCGUCCCCCUGAAAUUCAUGUUGAAGCCGUUAUUAACCUCCAAGGUGACUGUUUGGAGAUGGGAGGAAGUUCAGAUGUGAGAUUAGGUGUCUGCUGUGUGAGGCCAGAAGGAGAAGGAGGCUCUCUGCAAGUCCGGAAGAGAGCUCUCACCAGAAACCGGACACCGCCAGACCUUGAUCUUGGACUUCCCGGCCACCAGAACUAUGGAAGAAUGCAUUUCUAUUGUUUAAGGUCCCAGUCCAGGGGAUUUUGUUAUAGCAGCCUGAGACCACAAUACCUGCCAAAAAUAGAAAAAAAAAAAAAUAGUGAAAAGAAUCUUCAUUUACCUAUCCCCCAGAUCCAACAAUUAGAUAUGAUUAGAUAUGCAUUCUAGAAGCAGUAAGAUGGAUGUGUUGGAGGGGUUCAAGCUGGAGAUGGGGUGGGCAUGUUAAAUACCUUCUGCAGACUUCCAGGCAAGCAAUGUUGACAGCUCUAGUUGGGAGAGGCAGUGGAGAAGGAGGGGAACCAUCAGGGAGGGAUUGAAGAGUAGAAUUGAUGGGGUACAUGAGUUUCAGUCAUGAGUCUGUGCUUCAUUGAAUCUAAGAUGCCAGUGGUUAUAAGAUGCAGCUUGAAUUCAAAGAUAUUAAGAAUGAAAAGGAUGUUCAUCUUGGAAUUGGUGAAAUGCAGUAGAAUUAAAAGCUGGGACCGCCAACUCCACAUGGGAAUACUGGACACCAGCUCACAGUUUAGUGGUUUGUAAAAGAGAAGCAAGAUUUUGAUAUCUGGAAUCCUGAUACAUGAUAUGGAUUAAUGAGUGUGUCUUUUUUAUGCUUCCCAAGUUGAACUCUUGCUGUUCUUGAUUAAAGAACGUGUUGGGGGGGGGGGGUGUUUAUGUGGUUGGGAACUUAAAGGAGCUCUCAAUUUAUCAAAAUGCUACCCAGAUGUGAUGAUGUCAUUUGCAAGGCCACAGUCAUGCUCAGUUUAGAAGCAGCCAAAUUCUGUUUAUUUAAUAAAAAUGGAUGUUUUGAAUGGUGGUGCUAGGGGAUCUGGCCUCCUGCAUCCUUUUCCGGGAGCUUUCUUGGGCCUCUUAGAGAGAGCUUGGAUUCCACAGGCAGAUGGAGCUAUUAUCCUUAUUUUCUCUCCUCAGUGACAGGCCUGCAAAGCCUGUAAUUACAGAGUACCAGCAUCCCUUGUUUUGGAGCUGGGAUGGUUAUAUAAACACCAAGAGCAAGCAUUGCUUGCCGAGGCCGUACUUUGAGGACCUGAAAUUCCCCUUUAGAGGGCAUGGCAUCCAAAUCAAACAAGGCACCUGGCUGAGGGGCAGGAUUCUUGCAAGAAGAGCCAGAUGCAGGCUUGAAGGAUCAACAUGCCAGGGUGGGGGCCCCAGUCAUACCAGCUGGGGAGCUUGUAUCUGCAUACCCCGGACCCCCCAAAUGAAUUUUUGCCUUUUCUAAUUUGAAAUAGGAUUGAAGAAUUCAUGUGAACGUUUUUUAGAAAGUUCAGGCAGAGCCAGACCUCUUUGUUGCAAGUUAUUUUAGGACUACAUUUUAUUGGUCGCUGUUUUGGAAAAAACCAUUUUAGCCUUUGCGUUCCCGGAAGUACCCAGCAAACUUGGGCAUUCGAGACCCCUGAGCUGUGAGUGCAGGCUCUGGAUUUAGACAACCUCGGUUUGAAUCCCAGUUCUACUGUGUGUGUAGUUGGGCAAGCUGCUUAUCCUUCCUGUGCCUCUCAGUUCUCUCCUCUGUAAAAUGGGAAUAAUAAAUAGUACCUAUUUCAUAGAAUUGUUGAGAUAAGCAAGCAUUUAGCUUGCUUGGAACAGUGCCUUGCUAUUUAACAUAAGAUAACAAUAAUAACUGCAGUAUUAAACACUAACAAGUGUUCAGUUUACUGUGCCAAGCACUGUUCUACAUAAAAUAGCUGAUUUAAUCCAACCAGUCAUCCUAGGAGGUAGGUGCUAUUGUCAUUCCCAUCUUAUAGGUGAGGAAAAUGAAACAUAGAAAACUCUAUUUGAUAUAAGUAUUAUUGUGUCUCUGCUGAACCUCAUGUAUACCUGAUUGUAGAAUAUUAAAACUGUCAGUUCAUAUAUGUGAGUCUCCCCCUUAAAUAUGUGGGUUCCUGAAAUAUGACUCCAGUUGUCUUUUUUCACUUACUAGACCUAGUACCAGGCGCACAAUAGGUAAAUAAUGUUGAGUCAGUUGGAACUGGCUGAAUGGGAAGUCUCAGUUCGCAGUAUCACCAUGAAAAGAUUUUUCUUUUUCGGUAGUGGCUCCCAACGAUAUUAUAUGGCUCCUUCCGAGGCUUCAUGGGAACGGCUCCGUUGGUGACCUUCAGGCCAAGUCCUGCAGCUUUCCAACUCCUGCUGGUUAUUAGCAGUCUCAUUCCAGUAUGGGAGCCUCAGCCUGGUUAAUUUUAUAGCGUCUCUCAGAUCUGAGCUCUCCUCUCUGCCCCCCCCCCCCCCCACAGGGCAAGGGGAGGUGGUGGCUCUUGCCCAGGGAGCCGCCUGGUUUCCUUGCGGCCAACCCUCUUCCUGGAGCUUAGGUGGUGGUGGGGUGGCAGUGGGAGGGCGGGAACGGGG